UCGAUUUGUGUUUUUACUGUUAUUUCAAGAACAAGUGAGGUGUAAUAUUUAAUUUUUCAAACUAUGAUUUUAACGAUACCGAAUAGGCUUGAUGUUGCAUAAAAAGAGUGUUUUACUGCGCAGUAUCGAUCUAAUUGUGAAUUAAGUUGUGCUACCUAUCUCGUGAAACUAGAGAUGUAAUUUAAAGAAAAAUCGUCCAAAAAUGCACGGAGGCUACGAUCCUGACAAGAACGACACUGCUUCACUGCGUGAAAAGGUCAAACUAACUAAAAACGAAAAAUGGCGCAUCUUGAAGAAUAUCACCACUGUUUCGUUUGCGUUCAUGGUACAGUUCACAGCUUUUCAGGGAACAGCUAACCUACAAUCAUCGAUCAAUGCCAAAGAUGGAUUGGGAACGGUUUCGCUCAGUGUAAUCUACGCUGCUUUGGUAGUGUCCUGUAUUUUCCUGCCAACACUUGUGAUAAGAAAACUAACCGUCAAAUGGACUCUGUGCGUAAGCAUGCUUUGCUAUGCUCCGUAUAUCGGGGCACAGUUCUAUCCGACGUUCUACACGUUGGUUCCAGCCGGAGUGCUGGUCGGUCUUGGUGCUGCUCCUAUGUGGGCAAGUAAAGCUACCUAUCUGACGCAGUUGGGUCAGGUCUACGCGAAGCUCACUGAGCAAUCUGUGGAAGCCAUAAUUGUGCGCUUCUUCGGCUUCUUCUUCUUGGCUUGGCAGACGGCUGAGUUGUGGGGAAAUUUGAUUUCCAGUUUGGUUCUUUCCAGUGGAGCUCACGGGGGAGGCAGUGUGCAUGAUGAUAAUGCAACUUUCGUGGAUGCUGCCUUGGAUAAAUGCGGCGCAAAUUUUUGCGUUGUUGAGACCACCGAUAAUGCCAACCUACAACGACCUCCGGAUUCGGAAAUCUUUGAGAUUUCCGCUAUCUAUCUCUCUUGUAUAGUUGCUGCUGUAGUAAUUAUUGCUCUGUUCAUGGAUCCACUUUCCCGGUAUGGUGAAAAACGACGAGGAUCGAUAUCGGCGGUUGAGGUAUCGGGGAUUCAGUUGCUUUCCGCUACAUUUAAACAGUUAAAGAAGAUCAACCAACAGCUGUUGAUAUUGAUUACGGUCUUCAUCGGAAUGGAGCAGGCGUUCAUAGGGGCAGAGUUCACACAGGCCUAUGUAUCGUGCGCACUGGGAAUCCACCAAAUUGGAUACGUCAUGAUGUGUUUCGGGGUAGUCAAUGCCGUCUGCUCGAUUAUUUUCGGAUCCAUCAUGAAGUAUAUUGGUCGGGUGGUCAUUAUUAUACUGGGUGGCUUAGUCCACGGUGGGGUUAUUAUCUAUUGCUUAUUCUGGAAGCCCCACCCCGACCAUCCAUUGGUAUUUUUUGCCAUCGCUGGAUUGUGGGGAGUUGGAGACGCUGUAUUCCAGACACAAAUUAAUGGUAUUUACGGAGCACUGUUCCGACGAAACAAGGAAGCUGCCUUUUCUAACUACCGACUUUGGGAAUCGGCUGGUUUCGUGAUUGCCUACGCGUACUCCACGCAGCUUUGCGCGCGUAUGAAGUUGUACAUUCUGUUUGCGGUUUUGGCUCUCGGUAUGGUGGGCUAUGCCAUUGUGGAAAUCCGACAGGCUGCUAAGGAGCGACGGUUGAAGAAGCUCGAUGACACUCCCAAACAGCAACACACUGAAGCAGAGCGGAAAGAGAUCGAAGAUGACGACGAAAAGGAUGAACUGGAGGAAGAUAUUGUUGUGACCCACCUGUGAGGUGUGGUACUCGCAACGUAAGGCCACAUUGUGUGGUCGGAUGCUUCCGUUGAAGCAUUGUUGAAUGAUUCCUAUUUAGAUUUUACCUAACAAUUAUUUAAAGCUUAAAAAUGAGAUGCAUCGAACAAUAUUUGUGCUAGCGAAAUUGAUCAAAUAGUUGUUAUGUAGUUUAGGCGAGUUAAUAUUCAUUUGCUGUAGGACAGAGAAACAACGAGGGUAUAAAUGCCAUCCUUCUGAACAGCGCACCCGUUAGUGUACAUUUAUCAUCAUUGGUUUUCAUUGCAUAUCGGACUAGCAAGCCACUCAAGCACCAUUGUAGUGAUACUGUUUUGUGCUGAUCAAACAGGGAUAUUCGAACUUCUGAAAUGGUAAAAUAGAUCUCAUUCAGGCAAGUUCGUUCAGUACAAUAUAUGAAAGAAAAUGCAAUUUAAUGUGCAAGUUUAAGCAUAACUUUAAAACAAUUAGUGAAUCCAGAAUGCCAACGAUGUUAUUAAGAGGAAUACAUGUAAAUAUAGUAAUUCUGUUUGCAGAUGAA